AGCAAUAAAAAGGAAGGAAGAGUGGUCAAAUACAAACGCACUCAACAGUCUCUUUCUUCUUCUUCUUUUCUUUUCUCUCUCUAAAAAAAUUGAAAUUCAGAAGAGUUGAUGAUAUAAUAUAAUAUAGACAGAGUCACUUUCUCUCUCCUCCAUCCACUUUCUCUCUCUACAUCCGAACUCUCGCCGCCACCAACCACCGCGACGCGGGGUUGUUAUGAAUCGGAGCAGCUAUGGGCGGAGUCACCUCCUCAAUCGCCGCCAAGUUCGCCUUCUUCCCGCCGCAACCGCCGUCCUACACGGUGGUCUUCUCCGACCAAGCAUCAACUGUCGCCGCCGAGGUUUCUCCUCCUCCUCCUCCUCGUAUCUCGAUUCCCGAGGUUCCUAUGAAGGACAACGUGGACGUGCUCAAGCUUCGGAGUCGCCGAGGUAACGAAAUCGUGGCGGUUUAUGUAAAGUACCACAGGCCCACGUGCACCAUGCUCUACUCGCACGGAAAUGCCGCUGAUUUGGGUCAGAUGUUCGAGCUCUUCGUUGAAUUAAGCAAUAGGCUUCGCCUUAAUGUUAUGGGUUACGAUUACUCUGGUUAUGGACAGUCCACAGGAAAGCCAACUGAAUGUAACACAUACGCAGAUAUUGAUGCUGCAUAUAAAUGCCUAAAAGAGCAAUAUGGGGUGAAAGAUGAGCAAUUGAUAUUGUAUGGCCAAUCUGUUGGUAGUGGUCCCACACUUGAUCUUGCUUCACGGAUACCGGAAUUGAGAGGCGUCGUCUUGCAUAGUCCAAUUUUGUCUGGGCUGAGAGUACUAUAUCCUGUAAAACGGACAUACUGGUUUGAUAUUUACAAGAAUAUUGAUAAAAUUGGUAUGGUCAAAUGUGCCGUUUUGGUUAUACAUGGGACAGCAGAUGAAGUUGUGGAUGUGUCCCAUGGGAAGCAGCUUUCGGAGCUUUGCAAGGUAAAGUACGAACCCUUAUGGGUAAGUGGUGGUGGACAUUGUAAUCUAGAGCUUUACCCUGAAUUCAUUAAACAUCUAAAGAAAUUUGUACAGACAAUUGGAAAAUCUAAACCAACUGCAAAUGGUUCUCAAAAGGAUACAAUAGAAACUGAGAAUCAAGGCAAAGCUAGCAAAGAAUCCGAAACUGGAACUUCAAGUGCUUCUGAAUUGAGUGCAGAACCUCCUGAAGCUUCUAGGAACAGUUUAGAUAGCCGUCUUGAGAAGUCUAAAAAAUCAAAAAAACCAGAAAAAUCUCGAAUGAGCACAGACCAUGUUGAUAGGUUUAGGAGAAGAAAAGGGUUAGUUUGGUAGUCUCUCACACAAACUGUAUCCAGAAUAAUUUAUCUGCCAGUAUCCACUUUGCAGGUUAUCUAUUUCCACUCCUCAGGUAAUGAUGCCAGUUCUAAAGUGAAUAUAUAGAGUGAGUUUUCUGUUUUCUUUCCUCUUAUAGGUCCAUAAUUCAGCUGUAUGUUAAAUGAUUGAGAGUAAUAUGCAUUCAUAUGGCCUG